AUGAGCGACGACGAGGACAUCCAGGUCGAGGGGCCUGGUUUGGCCGAAGACGACCCCAUGCGCGCCUUCUUGCCGACCUCGUUUGGCAAGAAAUCGAGAGAGGCUGAUAUCGCCGCUCAGUUCGACCGCAGCAAGAGGGCGGCCGGCAAGCCCCAGGUCGAACAGGGCAAGGCACUACACAAACCGCAGGACUCGAGCCCGGAGGAUGCCAAGGGCAGCGACAGCGACAGCGAUGAUGACUCGGACGACGAGGAAGACGACGAGGACGAGUUCCCGACGUCGCAUGAGAUGGUCAUCAAGACACACGACCGGGCCGUCACCACGGUGUCGCUGGAUCCGGCCGGCGGUAGGUUGAUUUCGGGAUCGAUCGACUGCACCGUCAAGCUACAUGAUUUCUCGUCCAUGACGCCUACCACGAUUCGAGCCUUCCGCUCCGUGGACCCCUACGAUCUCAAGCCCUCGACGUCUGGACAGGAGACACAUCCGAUACACCAUGUCGAGUUCAACCCCCAGGCUGGGAGCGUCUUUCUGUGCAUUUCAGCACACCCUCAGGCCAAGAUCAUGUCUCGCGACGGCGACAUCAUCACCGAGUUCGUCAAGGGCGACAUGUAUCUUAGGGAUAUGAACAAUACGUCGGGCCACAUCUCCGAGAUCACGACCGGAACGUGGCACCCCACCGAUAAGAACCUGUGCGUCACGGCAGGAACCGACAGCACCCUACGGAUAUGGGACGUCAACAACAAGCGAAGCCAAAAGGAGGUGAUAGUCUUCAAGUCGAAAGCGCCCGGGGUGGCAGGAAGGUCCAGAAUGACAGCAGUAGCCUGGGGGGCUCCAGCGCAGGGCGGCAGCAACGUGCUUGUAUCCGCAGCUCUUGACGGUACCUUGGUCAUGUGGAGUGGAAACGGCCCCUUCACUCGGCCUGCGGCUGAAAUCAGGGACGCGCAUAAGCCCAACACGUGGACUGGUGGUAUUGAUAUUAGCUCAGACGGUCGAAUGGUUGUCACGAGGGGCGGUGACAACUUGAUCAAGUUAUGGGAUACCCGCAAGUUCAAGGAGCCUCUUGUUACCGUCGACCACCCGUCGACCUCGGACCAUUACCCCAUGACGAACAUCAAGUAUGCCCCCAACUCAACAAGCAUCAUCACCGGCUCGGCGACCGGCCACCUCCACAUUCUCAACCCCGGGAACUUACGAUCGGAGUACACAACACCCAUCACCCCAGGCUCACCUGUCAUUACGGUGGACUGGCACCCCAAGAUUAACCAGAUCAUUACCACUUCGGCCAAUGCCGAGACCCAUGUUCUCUACAACCCCGACAUGUCUAACCGUGGAGCUAUCGACGUCAUGUCCCGCGCGCCCAAGCGGCGGCACAUUGACGACAAUCCCGAGUUCACUACGGACCAGACCCUUGGCCUGUCGGGAGACGCGAUUGUCACGCCGGGUGCGAUGCCCCGGGCUAGGAAAGCAGGUGUCACGGCGUCUGGUCGGUCCCUGGACCCCAGGCGACCCCAGGUGCAGCAAAUCACGCCGUUCAUGCGCAGCCAACCUGACGAGAAGCAUAUCAGCGAGAACAUCCCGCUCAGCCGGAUGCUUCACGAGGAUCCGAGAGAGGCGCUACUCAAAUACGAGAAACUGGCCAAGGAGGACCCCAUGUUCACCAAGGCCUGGAAUUCCACGCAGCCAGUCACUCAGUAUGCGGAUGUCAGUGAUGAGGAGGAAGAGGCCGGUCCAGAUAAGAAGAAGGUCAAGCGGUAA